UGGAAGAUAAGUAAUAACUCGCAAGUAAUAAAAUCACAGACCCCACGAUCAAAGCUCCCGCCUUCUUAAGAAUUCAAAAAUCUGUGACUUACAGCAUUUAUGCCUUGUAACUUAGAACUAAAAAUCUCAAAAACACUGCCAAAAUGCACAUUCCAACAUCUGAAACAAAUCCAUGCCUUGAUAAUCACUUGUUCUCUCUCCAAAAACAUCAAAAUAUUCUCCAAAUUUCUUCGUCGAACCACCGAGUUCGGCAGAAUGGAUUAUUCCAAUCUAAUAUUCUCUCAAAUGGGUCAUGAUUCCAGUGCAGAAAUCGUGAUUUGGAAUGCCAUGAUCAGAGGGUAUGCGUUCAAUGGUCCUUUUCAGGAAUGUAUACAGAUGUUCGACGAAAUGCCUCAGAGAGGACUAAAGCCGCACAACUUCACGUAUCCUUAUGUAAUCAACUCUUGUUGUGAAUUGGAGUGGUAUGGAAGGGGAAAGAGGGUGCAUUGCGAGAUUGUAAAGUCUGGAUUUGAGUCGAGCUACGCGGUUGCCAAUUCUCUAUUUAACAUGUAUUUGAAAAUGCCGGCGUCUUUUGACGUGGGUUUGGCUAGUAAUUGCAAGUUAGAUGAUGCUCGUAAGAUUUUUGAUGAUAUAUGUGUAAGACCGGUAGAAUUAUGGAAUCAAAUGAUAGGUAAGUACGUAAACAUUGGUGAUGUCAAGUCAGCAAGAGAGUUGUUUGAUAGUAUGCCUGAAAGAGAUGUUGUUUCUUGGAAUUCUAUGAUUUUAGGUUAUGCCAAAGCUGGAAAAGUCGCAAACGCGAGAGGUUUGUUUGAGAAAAUGCCAGAGAAGAAUGUUAUUUCAUGGACUUCGAUGAUUGGAGCAUAUGCCGGUACAGACGAUCUUGAAACAGCUAGAAGCUUUUUUGAGACAAUGCCACAGAGGAAUGUGGUUUCGUGGAAUUCAAUGAUUUCAAGUUAUGCUAAACACGGGAAAUUCGUAGAAAGUUUGAAUCUUUUUCUCCAAAUGCAAUCAGAAGGAGUGACCCCAGAUGGCUAUACUUUCGUUUCUGUUCUGUCAGCGUGUUCUCAUUUAGGUGAUUUGGAGUUUGGGAAAUAUAUACACUAUCUAAUUGGAGAUUUGUCUCAAUCGGAAGUCAUGGUAGGGACUGCUCUUACAGAAAUGUAUGCUCAAUGUGGAGAUGUAGAUAAAGCUUUUGCAGUUUUUAUCAAGAUAGGAAAGAGGGAUGUUUUUUGCUGGAAUGUCAUUAUCAAGGCAUUAGCUCUACAUGGAAGAUCAGAGGAGGCUAUCAAAAUCUUCUUACUGAUGGGAAAGACCAGACUGAAGCCAAACGAUUUCACGUUUACUAGCGCUUUGUUUGCUUGCAGCCAUGGAGGUUUGGUGGAAGAAGGCCACAUAAUCUUUAAUAGCAUGGAGAAAGAUUACAAGAUAAUUCCAAAGAUUACACAUUACGGUUGCUUAAUUGACAUGCUUUGCCGGAAUGGCCAGCUUGAGGAAGCGAUGCAUUUGGUGGAAGAUAUGCCCUUUAAACCUGAUGUUGCUAUAUGGGGAGCCUUGCUUGGGGGUUGUAGACUUACAGGUGACUUGAAGUUGGCAGAAAAGGUGUUAGAGAAAGCUACUGAGAUGGAAACAAAUGAAUCGGGAGUCUAUGUGCUGUUGUCAAAUAUCCAUGCCUCCGCAGGUCAGUGGAUAGAGGCUGCAGAUGCAAGAAAAACGAUGGAUGAGAAGAAAAUAUCGAAGAAGGCAGGUAGCAGUGUUGUUUAGGAUAUAAGAUGUAUCCAUGUAUAUUGAGAAAUCACAAACAAAAUAUACAGGUGUCUUAGAACACAAACUUUUAAAAAA